CUUGAUGUUAAAAGCGAAGCAUGUCAGCGAUUUUUCCGAGAUGGGCUAACAAUCUCAUUCACAAAAUCCUUACAGAUGAAGAAGUGAGUGGCUGGAAGUUUGAGAUUCAUAGAUGUAUUAUUAACAAUACCCAUCGCCUGGUGGAGCUAUGUGUGGCUAAGUUGGCCCAAGACUGGUUUCCACUCCUAGAACUUCUUGCCAUGGCCUUAAAUCCUCAUUGCAAAUUCCAUAUCUACAAUGGUACACGUCCAUGUGAAUCGGUGUCCUCAAGUGUUCAGGUGCCUGAAGACGAACUCUUUGCUCGUUCUCCAGACCCUCGAUCACCAAAAGGUUGGCUAGUGGAUCUCCUCAACAAAUUUGGCACUUUAAAUGGAUUCCAGACAUUGCACGAUCGUUUUAUUAAUGGAUCAGCAUUGAACGUUCAGAUAAUUGCAGCCCUUAUUAAACCAUUCGGACAGUGA